UAUAGCUAAAGCCGGCGGAGUGCUUCGCUUUCAUAAAGCUGUGUCUAUACGGUGCGUUAACAAGCCGGUCUCGUAGAGUGAACGCUUAGAGAGCAGUCACCGCUCUACACACAGCUUCGAGUGUUACAGAAAUCGAAGGAGUCCGAUCCCACUAGCGGCUCUCUACAAGGAGCUUGUUUCACCGUGUGGCUAUUAAAACGCUCUUACUUCCCAAUCGAUCAGGGAUAUCUAGCCAGCGAUUCUAGUAAAAGGGACCACAGAGUAUCUGAACAACACCGUAUCAUCGUAUCCUCUAUUGAUUUAUUGAGCUAGUCAUUCGAUUGGCUGAAGAGCUUGGUCGGCAUGGAGGCACGUGGUGGGCGUCAUAGUGCUAUAUGAGAGCCAGGGUCCUUUUUAUUCGGAUGUCGACAACAGGGCGACGGGAAGACUUCGACAAAGACAGGUUGGAAUAGAUCUGAAUUAAUUUUAUAUCCACUGGAAAAGUUCCUCAAAAAGAGUUUUCGGCCCCUAGGACGGUGGACGUUAAAAGGUGUCCGGUUUAACGUCUUGAAACUGUUUUUGUCGCCCAAAAGGAGACGGCAAGGCGAGGAGUGAGCAUUGGUAUCGGACGCUAUCGGGACGAAAUUAAGUAACAGGAUCCAAAACUUCUGCGGGACACGCCAAAAACCGGACGGUAAAAGUAGGAGGGUCAGAAAGCGGAUCGUCUGUCAUUAACACCGUCUAGUCCCAUUUCGUUACUUAUCUGGAUUCGGCGCUCACAGAAACACCGGCUAAUUGUAUCGCUAUUGUUCCAUCAGCGCCCGAACGUUCAUAUUUUGGAAGUUUUCCAAACCGUUUUGCAUUUAACGUUCGCCUGACACCGUCGGUGUUAGAGAAAGUCCUCUACCCAGCGAACUGUGUGGACUACGAUAAUCUGCUGAGGGAAAAACAGGGCAAGGAAGGCAAACACAAACCCAGACUGUCGCUCUAGGCAACUUCACCACCUAUCAAGCGGGUUCUGCUUUAAGGCCCGGAAAAAGUUUUCAUCGCUUUUUGUAAACUCAGUUGUUUUUCCUCUUUUUUUUUGUAAAUUUAAAUUCCAGUUUUCGGAAUUUCUCAAGAACUCACAUCAACAUGAAGAUUCUCAUAUCCAUAGUGCUUUGCAACGCCAUAUUUGCUGUGCAUGCAUUACCCACACAAAUGUCACGUGCUGACAUAGAGCAGAGCUUGAAGACAAAGUUGUUAGCCGCCAUUUGCUCUCUCAAGGGGAAAGCCGCUGAAUCCUGUAUUCACGAUGUCAGGAUGCAGAACGGGCUUCAACAGAUCAUCGACAUAGCAAGACAAGAAGGAAGACUGAGUCGGGCAAGAAACAAUGCCGAUGGAGUGACGUCAAGUUUGUUGGGUCAUCUGAUUUCACAAAAACAGCGGCGGCAGUCGAGUUUCUAUAGCAACUGGUGAAACUUGACUGACCAGUCAGAUUGCAGAAAACCAGGCAGUCAAUGACCGGAUGUAGCGAUGUGCAGCUCCGCACCAAACAGACGUAACUUCCGGUGUGACUCUGGCUUUUUUGUAAAAUAAUCUGAUCACCCCAUAUGACACGGAACAGAUUUUAUACGACAAGCGAAGGAAGCCACUUUUAUUUCUUCUUUCGACUCAGUUGGUAUCCAUGGAUACCAGACGUCAUGUCCAAGAUGUACAUCUUUUCGUUUCUCUGUAGUUGAUUGGUCUAGAUGUUUACCUUCGAUUUGUUUCCACCCGCACAGGAUUUUCACUUUCAUUUGUGUUACUACUGCUCAUGUCGACGACUGUGCGUUAAAAAAAAAAACAAAAAACAAUAAAAUUUCAUCCCUCGCAUGUUCUUUUAUAAUGGAGGCGAUAUUAGUGUGGAAAGAGGAUGUCGAUUACUACCAUUUCCAAAGAAGAGUUCUUGGAAAGGGGGAACAACUACUGAACAUCUAUUUCUUUGAGAACUCUUGACUGUUGUUUCCUUUAUGGUGGAUAAAUGUGACAAAAUGUGCGGACAGUCAUGCUCCGCAGUCGCGGGCCGAGGACUUGAAAUCGGAAUCCUUAAGAAAGCAGAUUUAUAUCGCACCAAGUUGAUGACAAUGUUGUUUCCUGCUGCGGAAAUGGAACAAACAUCACAGUGACAGUUUUGUGCAGAUAUAUUUUGCGUCUAAUGCACAGUUAGUUCAGUGGAAAUUUUUGAUAGUUUCACCUGAUAAUUUGACUUUCUUUGUGUAUUUUAUUUAUCAUAUCUGUGAGUCUCUAUUACUCACUAUUAUCAAUACUCUAUUUGCGUGACCGCUUGUCUUGUAUAGUGUAUAUCUUACAUAUUCUGUAUACCAUUUAUAUUGAUGUGAGAAGAGAAAAACUUGCCCAUUGCACAAACUAAAUAAUGCAGACAAAAAUAGCAGAAAAUAAACAAAAAAGCUCUGUUUUAUAUACCAUGAUUCAAACUUAAAUGUAGCCAAAUCCUUUGUUUUCUUAACAAUAAAUAAAUAACAACAACAGCCAUAUGCUUCUGCCAAAGCAGAAAUGUGUCAAAGCUU